UGCUACUUCUUAAAUGAGUUUAAUAAAUUUCCUUAAUCCGAAAUUAAAACCCUCCGUCGAGUGUGAAGCGGUCUGUGAGGAUGGUUAUAGUGUCUCCAACCUGAUAGCCGACGAUGCGGAACAGCUCCAGCGUGGUUUUAUGGCCUUCAAUGUGACCAAGCCCCCGGUAGAAAUCGUGUUUGACUUCCCCAAGGCCAUCGAUUUGAAGGUUAUUAAACUUUGGAAUAGUCAUGGGGCUUUGCGGUCGACAGCAUUCGAAGUUCAUGGCAAAUACGAGGGCAUCUGGGAACGGGUGGCUUAUGUACGUGACUUGGCCAAAGAUGUCGAUUCGCUGACAUUCUGCUAUCAGAGUGACUACAAUUCGAAAAGUUCGGAGCAGCAGCAACCCAGCGAAACGGUGUUCUUUUUCAAGACUGCCCACAAAAUGCUAUCGAAUACCAAAAGUAUUAAACUAACAAUAAGGGCAACCCACAAGUGCCCACCCGUACUGAGAAAGGUGCAAAUUUGGGGUCUACCAGCCCGUUCGUUGGACAAGGCAGAUCGUGAAUUGAUUAAGAGCAUUUGGAAUGAAAUCACCAAUCCCUAUGACCAUGCAGCGCGUCAGGAGGAUGCUGGCCAGAGGUCACCAUCCAGAUCCAUACCGGAAUUGAAUCAAAGUUCAACACUAAAAAUACCCGAGGAGUUUCUGGAUGCAAUCACCUGGGAAUUGAUGAUCUUUCCAACGGUACUGCCCUCAGGCAAAGUUGUCGAUCAGUCCACCAUCGAUAAACACUCCGAAGAGGAAGCCAAAUGGGGUCGUUUACCAUCCGAUCCAUUUACUGGCCUCGAAUUUACAGCCCAUCGCAAAGCCAUACUCAAUUUGGCCUUAAAAGCACGCAUUGAAAAGUUCCUAAUGGAGAAUUCUGAACACUUUAAAACAGUUCCACGUUCAUUGGGUAGUUCACGUGUACGACGAAGUAAAAAUCGACAUGCCUCGCAAUUUGCUAGUCUUACUCAACCUCAUCAUACACAUGGAGCCUAUUCCUCACUUUCGAAAUCAUAUCGCAGCAGUGCAACAGCAACACUCUCAUCAUGUCCCGAGGCGGGCGCUACAAAUCUGAUUGAUGAUUCGGCAAUGGCCGCAUCAUAUCAUCAUCAUCUGCCUGCCACAUCUAACACCUCCACCACCACCGGCAACAGUAUCGAUCAGGCCAUACAACAGGCCCUACAGAAAAUAACACGAUUUUCCCAAUUACCGCUAGAACAACCCAACAAACCGGCGGGUUGCAUCAAGUGUCAGACCCCCGAUUUUGCCUAUGAAAUACAAACGUGCCGUCAUUUGGUGUGUCGCGAGUGUCUGGUCAGCCUGACACAGCAGGAAAAAUGCAUUUGUAAUAAAACGUUUCGUUCAUCGGAUGUGGAACGUUAUCAUAAGUUGUAA